AGUACGUCGAAGUUUUUUACAUGUAUCUAAUCGGACCUAAAUGUUUGUUUAAGUAAAAAAUGUGCGUUAACCGUAAUGUAGCAGAUAAUUUAACUUUUUAUUUAGAACUAUCAUAAUGUUGUCUUGUGAUUACACUCACCCAUAAAGACAAUCAUUAUACUCGUGCUUUCUUACAUUUUUUAAUAUGUUACAUGCAUGGAGUUAAAAAUAGGUUACAUAACCAAGGAUUUUGUACCGCCAUUCCUCAACUUAUUUACUGUCUGCCUAAGUUAGUUCGAAUUUUUAUUUUUGCAUGAUGGAGACCCUGCAAUGAACCAGCUGUGCUAAAAAAAAAUAAUAAAUACAGAAAGUUUAGCUACUAACCUCCGGGGUGAAGGCGGUGAAGCACACCGCUUACCGGCUUACGGGGCCAAGGGGGUCACAGCCCAGACACACCAUGCAGUUGACAGUUGCAUCGAAGAUUCCUUUCAGUGACUUCUGCAACUUGUGCCAGAAGAUCAGCUUGUGCCCGAAGCCGAAGAAGGCAGAUUGCCUGCAACGCUUCAUCGGGUACUUCCGCAACUAUGCCAAGACCCUCAAGGACUCUGGUGCUGACGUUGACGACAGCUUCUACCCGGUACUGCGGCUGCUGCUGCCGCAGCUGGAGCGCGAGCGCGCGGCGUACGGCGUGAAGGAGCACGUCCUCGCCAAGAUGUUCAUCCGCAUCCUCUGCCUGCCGAAGCAGGGGCCGGAAGCCCACAAGCUGCUCCACUUCAAGGCGCCGCAUGCCGCGAGCACGCAGUCCGCAGACUUCGCGGACGUGGCCUACCUGGUGCUGAGGAGCCGCUGUCGGCAGGGCACGGACCACCUGACCGUGGAGCAGGUGAACACGAGCCUGGACAAGGUCGCGGCCAGGCACGCCGCCCACGACCCGCGCGGCAUGGAGGACGAGCUGAGGGCGGUGCUCGUGGUGAUGUCGGCGGCCAGCCAGAAGUGGCUCGUCAGGGUGCUCCUCAAGGACAUGCGGCUGGGGCUGGGCAGCAAGCGCGUCCUCACCGCCUUCCACCCGGACGCACAGGACCUGUACGACGUCACCAACGACCUGCGCAAGUGCUGCGAGACUCUGAAGGACCCGGCACGCCGCCUGCACGAGGCGGAGGUGCAGGUGUUCAGCCCGUGCCGGCCGAUGCUGGCGGAGCGCUGCGACGUGCGCCGUGUCGAGGAGGCCAUGAGGAAGGGCCGUGUCUACUUCGUGGAGACGAAGCACGACGGGGAGCGCUUCCAGCUGCACAUGCGCGACGGCCUCUACAAGUACUUCUCCAGGAACGGCUUCGACUGCACGGACACGUUCGGCAGCUGCGCGCUGGUGGGCCAGCUCACGCCCCACGUGGCACGCCUUCUCCGGCCGGGCGUGCGCAGCGUCAUCCUGGACGGAGAGAUGAUGGGCUGGGACACCCGCCUCAAGUGCUACAAGACCAAAGGGAUCAGCUUCGACGUGAAGUCCCUGCGAGCGGGCGGGGCCCUGCAGCCGUGCUACUGCGUGUUCGACGUGCUGCUGCUGGACGGGCAGGUGCUGACGAACCGGCCGUUGAGCGAGCGGCUGGCGGCGCUGCGCGGGCUGUUCGCGCAGGAGGAGGGCGUGCUGAUGCACACGGAGCGCGCGGAGGUGGCGACGGGAGCGCGCGUCGCGGAGGAGCUGAACACGGCCAUCGACCGCCGCCUCGAAGGCAUCAUCCUCAAGGACCCGGCCAGCGUGUACAAGCCCAACGCCCGCAACGCCGGCUGGUUCAAGAUCAAGCCGGAGUACACGGACGGCUUGAUGGACCACCUGGACGUGAUCAUCAUGGGGGGCUACUACGGUGACGGCAAGCACAGAGGGAUAGUCAGCCACUUCUUGGUUGGUCUGGCCGUGCCCUCGCCCGUCAAGGGGGAGGAUCCUCGAGAGUUCUGGUCGCUGGGGCGUGUCGGCUCCGGCUACACCAGCGACGAGUUGGCGGACCUGCUGCUGAAGAUGUCGCCCCACUGGCGGCCCGUGGAGCUGGGCCGCUGUCCCCCGGGCCUUGUCUGGACCCGGGAACGGCCGGAGGUGUGGAUCCCGCCGGAGAAGUCCGUCCUGCUGGAGGUGAAGGCAACCGAAAUUGUUAGAAGCAAUUUAUUCAAAGUUGAAUACACAUUGCGGUUUCCAAGAGUUGAGAAAAUUCGUUAUGACAAGAAUUGGAGCGAAUGUCUUACCACCGCAGAGUUUGAAGAUCUGAGGCAGAAAGCGUCGGGCCUGCUGUACUCGCGGCACGUGGACACGGACGAGCGGGCGGCCGCGUCGCCGCGCAAGAAGCAGCAGGCGCGCGAGAAGCCGUGCCUGGCGGAGAGCUUCCGCAGCUGCGACCUGUCGGGGGUGAGCCGGCGGUCGGGCGUGCUGGCCGGCCGGCAGUUCUGCGUGAUGACGGGCUGGCGCGACCUCUCCAAAGUGCAGGUGGAGGCCAGGAUCGCGGAGCACGGGGGCUCCGUCACUCAGAACCCUGGGCCGGACACGCACUGCGUGCUGGCGGACGGCACGCCCCUGCGAGUGCGCAACGUGCUGCGCUCGGGCCGCCACGACGUGGCGCGGCUGGGCUGGCUGAUGGGCGUGCUGGGCGGCGGGGCUCCCGAGCUGCAGGGCUGGGAGCCGGCCGACCUGCUGGGCGCGCGUCCCGCCACAGCGCGCGCCCUGGCCGCGCGCUACGACAAGUACGGGGACAGCUACACGCGCCCGGCCGGCCGCCGGUCGCUCGUCUUCCCCAUGGGCCAGGUCGACAAGCUGGGAGACGCUGUCGAGCCAUCGCCUGCUGACAUGGCGGAGUUCGACAUAGAGCUGUUCUCCGACCCGAGUCCCUGGGGGACGUUCCGCUUGUGCCGGGCCUACUUCGAUAAGUUUGCCUCGGUGAACGACCCAUCAUCGCCAGAAGUUUGCAACAUGUUUAGUACAGAGAUAGAUUUCAUGUUCUACGGAGGGGAGGUAGUGUCGGUCGUAGACGAGCGAACGACGCACGUCAUCUUCCAGCCAGGGGAGGAGACGCGAUUGGCCGAGCUGCGACGGCUCAGCGCGGAGCGGGCAGCCAGACUGCACCUGGUGUGUGCGUCAUGGGUGGAGGAGAGCGUGCGUUCCGGCCGCCGGCUGCCGGAGAGGGACCACUACCCUGUGGCGUGACCCCACGACACUCGUGGCCGCGCUGGGUCGCACGCGCGUGCUUCUGUUUACACUCGGGAGGGUUCGGGGGCACACAUGAGCUGACGUCUUGCAGUUUUGCUCAAUGACAAAGUGCAAUUAAACAUUGUUAUUGGUGAGAAGGCCUAGUUCAGAUUCAGCCCCAAACAAUUUUCAAAUAAGAAUGGGCAAGUCGCUAUUAUGGGUUUAUGUUUUUAUUUCACCUUAUGUUUUAUAGGAAGCAAUUUUAAUGCCAUCUAGUAUAUGAACUUGAAAAUUUCAAAAUAUUACUAUAUUUUGUACCUAAAUACUGUUUCAUUUAAGUAGUAAACACAUUUUGUAUGAAUGAUAACAGAGAAUCCAAGAAAAUUCAAAAUCAGUGGUUUGCUCAAUAUUUCUGAUGAUAGGGUUUUCUCUUAAUAGUUAAUAUUUACUCUCACGUUUGCAACGGCUAAUAGUUGACCACGUACAAAAAAGAGCAUUCGGAUGGUGGAAGCGAAGAGAGGCGGGUGUCUAGACAAGAGGAGAGAGAGUUUAAACUUUUUGGUAGCUUGUUAAUGGUGUACAAAUAAAGAUUCAUAAUUUGAGAACAUUCUACCUUGGCAAGUAGUGCAAGAGAAAAAUUAAGAGAGAAAAUUUAAAACUUUUAAAAUUGGCUGUGAUUAAUUAAUAUCAAACUCUAAUUGAUGUAAAAAUAUAUUCAUAGUAUAUAAUUUAAUUUUUGAUUUAGGUUAUCACAAUAUUCUAUUAAUACUGCUCUGAUAGUACCAAAAGUGUGUUUUUGGCACCUAAAUAUGUUGAUAAUCCUUUUAAUAAACUCUAGAUCAUUGAUUGAUUUUGUUUGGAAUUAAUUAAGAAUGUUUUUUAAUUCAUGCGAUUUUAAUGUAUUUUUUAUAAAUAAUUGUUUGUAUUUCAUGGUCUUAGGAAAAUGUGAUGUGUACUAUAUUGAACUGCAUUUUUAGUUUUGCAAUAAAUAAUUUUGUAAAUGUAAA